UGACAAGUGAAGUGAGACAUGUGUUUACUGUUUUGCGUUUGCAUUUGUUUUCUUUUCCUAAUAAAAAACAAAAAUAAAUGAAUAGGUAUUUUUCAACAUUAUACCAGUUAUAAACUGUUCUGUGUAAAAGAAUUGUAAUUUGUAAGCUACAGACUUCCAAAAUGAUGCAACAGUUCAUGAAAGAAUUGGAGCAGGAUCCUUUUGAUGCUGAGGAAUUUGUUGAACGCCUAGCUUGGAGAACAAUAGCAGAGACUAAAAACGAUGGAGAUGAAGGCGAAUUGAAUCCAACUUUAUUGCAUGAAUCAUUUGUACAGGCCAUAAAAGAUUUAACAUUGCUACAAGAAAGACAGCAAAAAAAGUGCGAGAAACUAGAAACUGCUGUGAGAGAAGAGGAAGCAACAUUCUUUCAAGAAAUAUACACACUACUAGAACAAAACAAACAAGCCAUUGGAACAUUUCAAGAGCUGGACAGUAAAAUAAACCAUGUGGCUACAAAGGUUCUGCAUUUGGGUGAUCAACUUGAUAGUGUGAAUGGUCCUAGAUCAAGGGUAGUUGAUGCUCAAAAAAUGCUGACACACAUGACAGAGUUCCUCUCAGCUGACUCUCCAUCAUCACCUAUUUUCACAGAUCCUGAGUUAAUUGAUGAAGCAGCUGAUAUGAUCCAGAAACUGUACAUAAUUUCACAAGAUUUGCCUGAGGGAAAAUUUGAUAGUGUGAUACAAAAGAUAGAAAGAAAAUAUUGUGACAUUGAAAAAAAGUUGAUAGAAGAAUUUGUAAAUGCAAUGUCCAAUAAUGAUCUUCAAAAAAUGAAAAAAAUUGCUAAUACUCUAUCCCAAUUUAGAGGCUAUUCUGAAUGUAUAGAUGCUUAUAUUGAACAAAGUCAACCAGAGUCCCUUACAUCAAAAGAUGUCUUUGGUCAUCUCUUUUCACUUUGCAAGUACAACAAUGAAAUCAUACAAAAAGUGUUCAAAAACCCUGAACAAGUGAUGGCUAAGUUUGUUCUUAAUAUUUACCAACUAAAACUCAUGGAAUAUAUUGGACAAAGGCUAGAUUCCAAACUUGGGAGCUAUAAUUAUCUGCAAACAUUGUUUGAGUUAUAUUCCAAGACUAAUCAAUUAUCAAAUGAUUUGGCAGUUUUCAACAUGGGGAAUGAUAAGAAUUAUUUGUCCAAAUUGACCACAAAUAUCUUCAAUAAAUACUUGAAUGAUUACAUAUUGAUUGAAACAAAAUGCUUGAAAGAGCGUUGUGUCACCAAUUUACAAAAGUACUAUGAAUCCAAAAACCAUCAGAAAAAACCCAUACAGUCAGGGGGUUUUCAAGAUCUUCGUAGAGACUUACAGGCAGUUAUAGGAACUAGAGCAAACAUCAAUAUUGCUCAAAUAGAAAAUUAUGGUGGGGAAACCUUUUUAUCAGAAGAAUUAGCUGUGAUGGUGCUCCAGGAUACCAAACAUGCCUUUCAACGUUGCCAACUGGUAAUCAUUAAGAAAUCAUUCAUUCAUCUUCUCACAUCACAAGAAUAUGUUUUUCCUCAGUUAUCUAGACCAAAAGAUAGAGCAUCAAAUGCCGCCCAAAUUUUGGACAGGUUGAUAAACAGUCUGUUGAUUGAGCAUGUGGACUAUGCUGUGGAACUGGGGCUCCAGGCUAUACCCGUGGAGGGGUCUAAGAGCUCCCCUGUUCUGUAUUUUUUCAAAGUGAUACACCUGAGCAACAAUAUCUUACACCUGAUAGAAAAACAGUUUACUGACUUGGUUGUACCCAUGGCAGAGAAUACACCAAAGUAUAAUGAAUGUUUACAAAAGAAAAAGAUGGUUCUAGAUGAUAUUGAAAGAAAAAUUAAAACCGGACAAGACAGAUGUAUAAAUGCCAUAUCUACCUGGGUAAGAGUAUAUCUCCAAUCAGAACAGAAAAAAAGUGAUUUCAAACCAGAAACAGAUGAUUUUGAUACAGUCUCAUCUCCAGCUUGCAGAGCAGUUUUAAACUAUCUCAAUGCUGUCAUAAAAGAAAUUCGGUCCAAUCUGGAUGGAAACAAAGUUACUCAGGUUCUUGAAGAGUUGGGCAUAAAAUUGCAUAAAGUUAUUUAUGAUCAUAUCUUGCAAUUUCAGUAUAAUACUGCAGGUGCCAUGGUGGUAAUAUGUGACCUCAACGAAUACCGCGCUUGUAUGAAAUCCAUGGGUCCCCAUGUUACAGAUCUGUUUGAAACCCUACAUGCCCUUUGUAACCUGUUGCUUGUUAAACCUGAAAAUCUUCCACAAGUGUGUUCUGAAGAUUCCUUAGGGAGAUUGGACAGGAUGGUACUACAGAGUUUCAUUCAAUUGAGGAGUGAUUAUAAGUCACAAAAGCAGGCAUUCUCCAGAGUUUAAAAUAUUCAUCCAUACUAGUACAGGGUUUCUAAAAAUGAUUGUAGCAUGAGAAUGAGAGGUACUUUUCAGCUCUAAAGGGGCAGAAAGUGGCUGAUGGAAUAUGCCAAUAUAGUGUAUUUUUCGGUUGCUGGUCCAGGGAGAGGUAAAGAAGGCAAUUACCCCCCAAAACCUAAUCCAGAUAUUGAUAGUCAGUCAUCAUUUGUGUUAUUUUAUAUGUCUAUUGGAAAUAUAUUAUUCCUAUUUU